GGAGGACAGUCGAAGACGUGUUCUCGAUCCGUUCUUACGCCUCACGCCCCAGUCGUAGCUCAGAGCUCAUAGCUCAUAGCUCGAAGCUCGUAGAGGUGACACGUUUCCAUAUAAAAAAAAUAAACAUACAAACAAACGAUAAGUUAAGAAAAAAUUGAGGCUCGAAGAAAAAAGAAAAGAAAUCAACAAUGACGAGGGCACGUUCGUGUGUUUGUCGUUUCGGACUCGUGUUAUUUAUUUUCCUACAAUUGGCAAUCUGCCAGGGGGCACCGAGGCGAGCCCCGACCACAUACGAUCAACGACAAGACGGUAAAUUCAACUUGCACACCAAGUUCGAAGACACUUUUAUUGUGAUUGGUAUACCUUCGUCAUUAUCGUCGUCAUCAGCGGGCGGCGAGCUUUCAAACCUCUUGCAAAACGGUCUCCUGUCGCAGGCCCUCGAAUUCAAACAUUCAGUGACAGAAGAGGGAGGAAACGAGGGUUCCAACAAGGAAAACGUUGAAAACACCGAGCCCGUGGGUAGAGAAUUAACCGAUCAACCGGAUGAACACUACAAUAACAAAGUCAAAGUGAUAGCAAUCGUUCGUAAAAACAUUCCCCUCGAUUUUGAAACGUCCGAACAACUCUCCGAGCCUGCCUCUGCAGAGGAUGAAAAGACCUCCAAGGACACUCCGGUCAAGUUACAAACACAAAACGCCGAGUUGAACGAGGCAACGUUGAAAAUAACCACGAGAAGCGUCGCUGAGAAAUCAGAAAAAAAUCCUCUUCCGGAAAAUUCAAAUACAAGCAACAGCGAUGAUCUUAAUUGCGUAGGACGCAAAGAACUGAGACUAAUCGGCGAUGGAAUUGAAAACUGUGGACCCGAAAGAUAUCGGGAUGACGAAGGUGUUUGUCAAUCGUGUCCAACGGCCUCGAGCAGCAGUUCCUGAUUUCAAUUUCUCUCCAUUCAUUUUAUUCGGCGUUAAAUUAUUCAAUCUUCCUCCCAACGUCGCCAUUUUUUUAAUUUAAUCCUGUAUAAUUUAUCAUGUGUAUUACCGAAAUAAAUACCAUAUUUGCUAUUUUCCAUGUA